CAUAUUCAUCUUCAUUUGAGAUCGCUAUGGACAACAAAAUAUUUCAAAAAUAAAUAAAAGCAAAUUUAAUUUGAAGUGUUAGAAAACUAUUGAAUUUUAUCGUUCGGAAGUAAGUGCCUACUUAAUAUGGAAUCUGUACAAAAACGUUUUAAGGCGGAGAGCUGCUAGUGGUAUCUAUGAUUUGAUGAAACAAACAAUAAGUGAAUAAUAUGUCAAAACAAAGCUAACAUAUAACUAAACUUUGUACUUCAGAAAUAAAUAACUGGAUUGAAAUUCUAAGAAAUGGGGACAUGGCAAUUGGAAGUUGGGAAGAUGGCGAUUUAUUUGAUGUUCCCAGUAGGUUUGUUCCACUAUUUCAAUCAGCCCCAAUACUUUGAAGAAUGGGUGACGAAGACGAAACGUGAACUGUAUCCUCCAGAAAAUGCUGAUAUGAGAGCGGAAAUUCAAAGAGUUAAAAUAGCAAUAGAAGAAAAGCAUGAAGCAAAAAUUCUGAAGGAGUUGGAAAAACAGAGAUCAUGAAGACUCAGUUUACAUGAGUGUAUAGUGAACACUGAAGUUAUUUUAUCAGAGACAAAACUGUUAAAUAUUUAAUGUGUCGUUGAUUGUAAUAAUUUAGUAAUCUUGUAAUAGUUUGUAAAUAUAAUUUUGCAUUUUGCAUAUACAUUUUCUUUAAUUGUGAGAUACCUGAGUAUCUAUUUUAGUUCUUCAAAAUUAACAAUUAAAUUUUCCUAAUUUCUA